GCAAACUUUAUUGGAUUUUGGUUUUUUUUCUGUUUUAUAUUCCAUCUGUCGACUCAGUCUACAGUCUUACAUUUUUGUAUUUUGUUUUAGCAAUUAAUUAGUGAAAUAAAUUACUUGGACGGUAAUCGAUUUGUUUACUGUUUGAUAAUGAAUUUUACACCAAGUAGGAAAAAUGUAGCUUUAGAACAUAAAAAAGCCUCUUGCGAUCAUGAUUUACAACUUUAUCGCGAAGUUCCUGAUAUCAAUAUUAAUUUGGACGAGUUUGAAGAAUGGGCAGUUGAAAGACUAAAAGUUUUACAAAUAUUAGAACAAUUAAGUUUGAAAGGAAACACAAAUAAUUAUGAGGAUUUCACUAAAUCCGUAGUUCAAGAAAUAAAGAAAGAAGGAUUAAAACACAUGUAUAAAUUGAUAAAUGGUGGCAUUUAUAAGGAUUACAAUGAAAACUGUGAUGCAAGAAAAAGAGAUCUAUGUUCACAUUUUAUUCUCCGACUAAUUUAUUGUAAAAGUGAUGAGUUACGGAAAUGGUUCAUCAACAGAGAAAUAGAAUUGUUCAAAUUACGUUGGUCACUUCUUUCAAAAAGCGACAAACUAAAAUUUCUAUCAACCAACAACACUAAUUAUUCAGCAGUUAGCGAAGAAGAACAUCAAAUGAUGGUUGAUAGCAUGGGCUCUUUUGCUACAACUGGAAACAAUAAUGAGUAUUUUAAAGUUCGCUGGACACAAGUAUUGGAUUUAGUUCGUAAUAGAAAAGUAUACCUCUGUGAUGGAUUUGCUUAUGUCAUACAAACUGAUGUUAUUUCCGGAGUUUGUCAAACAUUUCGAUCAGAACUUUCUCAAGAAUUAGUAAAAUGUUUUCAAAAAUUCAGUGUUAUUAGUGAAGAUGAACGAUUUGGUGCUUUUAUCAAAUAUUUACAUCAAUCCUACAUGGGUAAAAAUUACUCUGUUACAGAAAAUAUGUCUACUUUAUCUAUUAACACUAUUGAUCAUUCUGCCAAGUCAUUUCCUCUAUGUAUGAAACGGCUGCAUGUAGUUUUGAGGAGUGAACAUCAUUUGAAACAUCAAGCUCGCCAACAGUAUGGCUUAUUUUUAAAAGGAGCAGGAUUACCGCUCGAACAAGCUUUGAUAUUAUGGAGAUCAGAAUUUACUAAGAAAAUGGAUGCAGAUAAAUUUGAUAAACAAUAUAGUUAUAAUAUAAGACAUAAUUAUGGCAAAGAAGGAAAAAAAGUAAACUACACACCUUACAGUUGUAUGAAAAUAAUUAUGGGCGCAGUGGGUUUGGAUGAAUAUCACGGUUGCCCAUACAAACAUACCAAUAGUCAAGCUUUAAAACAAUUACUUGAGACUUCUAAUAUUUCAACUCAAAGCGUUCAAGAAAUUUUAAAUCUGUCUCAAAAUGGACAUUAUCAAAUCGCUUGUACAAAAUAUUUUGAGGCACAUAAUGGUGUAUCACCUUCUUGCACAGCUAUUAACCAUCCAAACCAAUUCUUUGAAGAAAGUCAAAAAUUGAAAGGAAUUAACAACGGAUUUUACAAUAAUUCUCGUUUAAAUGAUUCAUCAAUGAUAGAUGAUAUUGACAAUACAGAAUUUGAUCAAACAAUAGUCGAUUUUGUUGAUAAAAUGGAUUAUGAUUAACAUGUAAAACAAAAAAUAUAAUUAAUGUUUGUACAAUAAUAUAAUAAUUU